UUUGAUGGUGUGUGCUGAGAAGAAAAGUUGUGUGCCCAAUUUGCAGCAGCAGCAGGCCUCGUCUCGUAUCAAGUCUUGGCUCGCGGAAAAGACGGAAAAGCUUCCGCGGAAAAGCCCCAAAGGUGGUCGUUCCGGGUGCGGCGCGGUUCGGUGCGUACGGUGACGGUCAAGUUCCGGUGGGCCAGGAAUCUCCGGCCCGUGGAAAGUUUCUCGAUUGUGGCCGAAGGAUUCGUCUCGCGAGGAUUUUUCUUCACCAACACACGCACACACACACGGGAGAAGUGCACACAAGAAGUGGCUAGGGUAGGGUGGGCUGUUGUGGACUUUGGCUUAAAAUUUGUUGAUAAAGUUAGACGUAAACAUUGCCCCUUGUGGUGGGGGAGGAGAGAUCUUUGUGAUUCUGGUUUAGAGUUUGUUUUGAUCAAAAAGUGACAAGUUUCAAGAAAGGAUCGCUCACCCUAAUCAGCAGCAGCAACAACAACAACAAGGUUGAAUUUUGUGAACCAUCGGAUGGGCGGCUGGCUGCUGCCUCUAGAGUGGCCACCACACAGAGCAUAAGCCCCCUCUCGGCCAGCCAAAACCAAGGAAGAGUUUGGCCAACAUCGGAGAGUUUCGCAUGUGUCAAACGAGGACGUCUCUCAUGCCGUCGUCGCCGUCGUGGUCGUAAAACGAGAGAUUUUACGCAAAAACACAAAAAGCAAUGUGCGAGCUUGCCUGACGUCGUCCAACAAAAGUGAAAAUUGUGCGAACCUGGACCCCGCGGAGGAAGAUUUGUUGACCAACCUCCCACUUCCUCCCGCCCCAACAGCAGAAGGAAUCGCACACACCUCUAAAAUCGUCAGAUGUCGAAUCAGCGGAGCAGCAGCAGCAGCAGCGAUAGUUUGUUCACGGAUUCCUCCUGCUAGAGACAGAUCCGCCAGACUCUUGUGAAUGUAUAAAUCAAUAGCAUACCUGUACAAACCACAAUGCAAAGUUUGGAACCAGCAUCAUGUCAAGAAGCUGAUUACAUGUUGAAUGAUGCUUACUGUAAACUAAGAAAAUCUCCCUCGCGGCAGCAAACGUUGCUGAUCGAUCCACCGCCACAGUAUCCAAGUCUACCUAGUCCCAUACUGAACGACAGUACGCCCCUGUUCAACACGAGCAGCAGCAGCAGCGGAACCAGCCCGCUGCCCUCGUCGUCGUCCACGUCGUCGUACGCCACGCUCAGUGGCAUCCAGUCGACAUCGCCGCCGGCCAACCUGCUAGCAGCCUCGUCAUCCUCCACCUCCUCCUCCGUCUCCUCGUCGGCCUACCUACUCAAAUCUUCCUCCACAAGCAGCCACUACCAUCACCACCACCACCAACAUCAUCACGUCGACAAGCGGGGAGCCACUGAUUCCGGCUACGUCAGUAGCUCCCCAUCGAAAAAGUCCAAACUUUCUUCCCUAGUGGCCAGUGGCGUUGGCGGCGGCGGCGGUUCCUCGUCAGGGUCUUCAUCAAUCAACAGUUCUUCCGCGGCGAGCGCUAGUAACUAUGGCGGUAGUCAGCAGCAGCAGCAAUAUCAUCUCCAUGGCGGGGGUAGCAGCAGUCCGCAGUUGUCGUCCGCCGGCGGGACGUCCCAUGGGGUGGCGGCGGCCACCGCUGGCAAAUACAACAUACAUGACAAACUUAGGGAAUUGUAUCUUGAACUACUAGCUGAGGACAAUACUGAAACUAAUAGGCUUAACUUAAGAAAUACGUCGUUUCUGCUGGACAAACUGGUGUUGCGGGAGAACCUCAACACGCUGAUCCUAAAUCUCUACCCCGGCAAUAAAGGAUAUUCGUUAGCAUUUAGGAGAGGGCCCGACCAGCAGCAGCAGAGCGAUGGCAGGGGAAAUAUCUCAAAAAGUGGUGCUUUGGCGUCGGAGCGGGCCGGCUCGCCGAGCCCCUCGCUGGCGACGGACAUCAACGCCGAGCAGCUGCAGGAGACGAUCCGGUGGCCGUACGAGGAGGAGGAACUGCUCGAGUGCAUCGACCGCGAGGAGCUGCCGCUGGUGCUGGUGGACAUGUGCGAGGCCAAGUGCCCCGGGCUGUUCUACUCGGGCUGCGUGAUUGCGGAGAUCCGCGACUACCGGCAGUCGUUUCCGAUCUUCACCUGUGAUACGUACCACGUGCUGCUGAAGCCCACCAAUCAGACCCUGCUGGCCGACGUGAACCUGCUGACGGCGGAGGGCGACUGGAGCGCCGAGGAGAAGCUUGCCCUCGAAAGUCAGCUGGUGCUUGCGACCGCGGAACCGCUCUGUCUCGAUCCGAAUCCGGAGGUGGGACGGAUGGCGAUCAAUCACCAGCACCGGAGGCAAAUGUUCAACACGAACCCGAUCCGGCGGCAGGCGAAAAAGUUCUCCCAGGUGGCGAUCAACCGCAAGAGGAAAACGGACCAGUUCACGCACAGCUUCGGGCUGGAACUGAGCGACUUCAUGACAAAGUACCGUGCGAAGCCCCGUCAGUACGCGGCCACCAAGCGGAGCGUGGUUAGCUUCACACUGCCCAAGAAGCCGUCGGACGUGAGCUCGACGGUGCGCGUUCCCAGUCUGGACCUGCCCGAGUUGGCGGCCCCUAGCGAAGUGAACGUGGAGAAGUUUGCCCGGAAGUACGACGGUCCGAAGGAGAGCCGAGACUGCAUACCGCAGCUGAUCGAGGAGUACAUUUUGGAGACGGAUCGGGUGGUCAAUCGGGGAGACACCAGGACGUACCACAUUAAGCUGUCGAUUUUCCAGCGGCCGUCAAACUCGGAGUACCUCGGAGAGCUGUACGUGGACCGGGACUAUCGCGAGAGCGAACGCAACGGCGAAGCUUGUCAGUUUACGCUGGGAACUCGCGCGCACGCACACCGUUACAUCCAGCAAUUUACGGAGAUAUUCACCGAGGAGGGUCGCAAAUCGGUCAAAAUUACCCAUCUGGUGCCGGGGCAGGUGCCAAAGGUGCUACACACGGCCGGAAUGCGCGAACAAAGUGUUCAGCAACAGCAGCAGCAGCAGCAACAACAACAACAACAGCAGCAACAACAAGCAAUGCAAACGAAUCAAUCUCAUAUCCAACAGCAAAUCACGCAAAUUCAGCAACAGUUCCAGUCCAACCCGACGCACGCGUUGAUCACGCGACUGCAAGCAACGAACACCGCGCUGGUCUCGCAGAUUGCUUCAGCCGGCGUCGGUAACGUGGCAACCACAACGACGACGACGGCGACGAUCAACGCGACCAAUCCGAGCGUGCUUCCAGGCAAUCAGGCGCCCGUGCAGGUUGUUCAACAGAUCGUUCAGCAGCAGCAGCAGCCCCAAGUCGUGGCGGCCGCACCGACGCCACAGCAGCAGCAACAACAAAUGCAGCAAAUCAUUACCGCCGGACCGUCCACAAACAUCAUCACCAUCGGAGGGGCCACCCUCCAGCCGCAACAGCAACAGCAACAACAUCCCCAACAACUUGCUGUCCAACAGCAAACCAUCGUCGGUCAGCAACAGCAGCAGCAAAUCUUUACCACCUGUGAUACUUCCAGCAGUUCCGGCGUCGCGCAACAACUGCAGCAGGCACAGCCGCAGGCCAACAUCACCAUCCAGCAACAGCAACCUGCCCAGCAGCAGCAGCAGGUUCAGCAAAUUCAAGCUCAAGCGCACCCUCAACAGCAACAAACGCUGCUGCUGGUGCAACCCACUGGACAGACCGUUGGCCCAGGCGCACCCGGAACGCAAAACAUUCAAGGCUUUACCUUUACCUCAGCUCCACAAACUGCCACGGUCAUCAAUCAGGGCGCCGUAACGGCGGGUGCCGCCACCGGGAACCGUGUCCCGUUGCUGGUUCGACUCGAGAAUAAGCCCUCGCAGCAGCAGCAACAACAACAACAAACGCAGCAUGUCCAGUCCCAGCAGCAGAAUCAAAGCACCACCACCACCAUCCAUACGAACAAUCCGGAGAUUAACGCGAUCGCGCUCAGCAUCAUGAACUCGGCCAACCAGUUUCGUGCCAAUCAGCAACAGCAGCAACAGCAACAACAACAACAGCAACAACAACAACAGCAACAGCAGCAGCAACAACAACAGAAUAAAUCCAACUCGAACGCUGCGAUCAUUAGCUUGCUGAACAGUGCACCGGCUGCGAUGACCAACUCCCCUGUGCUGAGCAGUAAUUUGUCGGUCCCAGUAAAAACAGAGUUGCAUCAAGGCGUUCAGCAGCAACAACCUCAGCAACAUACCAUUCACCACCAUCAGGCCACCGGGACGACCACGAUAUCGAGUAGUGCCGCGGCGGCGUUGUUCAACAGCGUCGGAGCUCGGAAGAUUCAAAUCCAACAACAGCCGGGUGGAGGCCAGAGGAUACUGAACCACACGAACUUGAUCGCAGUCAGUAGCAAUCCGGCGGGUGGUGGCAUUGGUCAAACUCAGCUCAUCAACAUCCAGCCGGCAAUCGACCAGCAACAACAACAACAAUCCCAGCAACACACCCAACAACAGCAGCAACACCGGGUGACCAUGUCGGCGUUGGCAUCCCAACUGGCGUCCCCUCCGGCGAUCCUAACCACGUCGAAUCUUCCCCAAAGUUUCAACGUUUCGGCGGCGAGCGGCGCCGGCGGCCAGAACUUUGUCAACGCGUCCAACAACACCACCAGCAAGCUGAUCAUCAACAGUACAAAUCAACGGAUAUUGAACAUCAACACGAAUAGCGCCAACAGUUCGUCGACGACGGCGGCCGUGAUGGCCGCGCUGGGGGGCACCAUCCGGCGGGUAAGUGGCCCCGCGGGAGGUGAUGGCUCCGGCGGUGGCAUUCAGCUGCAAAUUCAGGGCGCGGAUGGCAUCCGACGGAUCGCGACCGGCACGGGCAGUGACAUCCAGCUGCAGAUACAGGGAAUUUCGUCGCCCAGUGGGAGUGACCACUCGAACGCGUCCUCGACGACGUCGGUUUCGGUGGGCGGAGGCGGCGGUGGCGGCGGCAUGCAGGUCAACAACGCUGGAACACCCGCCGGAAACAUCAUCUUCAACAACAUGUCCGGCCUAAGCGCCCUGCUGGCGACCACUUCUCCCUCUCCUCAGCAGCAGCAGCAGCAACAAGUGACGGCGGCGGACGGAACCGUGACGAAUACCGCUAACCUAGGCAGUAACAAUAGUAGUAGCAGCAACUCUAGUAAUAAUACUUCAGCAUUAAUCGAAAGACUGACUUCAUGUAGUACUAUUAACCUAACCAAUAACCAACAACAACAAUCGCACCCACAUCCGGCGGCGAGUCCGGCCGGGCUGCAGUUCACGAUACCGUCGCCCAAAACGCCCCAGCAAUCUCAACAGCAAACGCACCUGCAAAUUCAGUCGCCCUCGUCGUCGAUAUCGCCACUUUCUAGUCCUCCGCCGGCGACGCUUCACACGCAACAGCAGCAGCAGCAGCAGCACACUCAUCAGACGCCCCACCAAACGACGGUCAAUCUGCAGGGACUGAACCUGGCCAGCCUGCACGGUGCUAUGGCGUCGAUUCCGGGGCUGCAGAAUGUCCAGGUUCAAAUCCCCGGCCUCUCGCAGCCAAUCUCGCUGUCGCUGUCGUCGGCUAGUCCGGCCAACGCCACCGCUAGUGUGCUGAACGCUGCGGCCAACAGUGCUGCUGCGGCGGCCGGUAAUAACCAUCAGACGACGAGUUUGCUGGUGUCGGUGCCCGUGUCGAGUUCGGCCGGCAACGUCAUCGGGACGACCCAGCUUGGGAACUCGGUGACCGUGUCGACGGCUAGUCUGAUUGGGGCGAAUGCCGGUCAGCAGCAGCAGCACCAUCACCAGCAGCAGCAGAAUACGCAGACGGUGGUGCUUACGAACCCGCAGACCAGCGUCGGCGGGUCCAGUCUUCUUUCGUUGCCAAUUGCUCAACUUGUUACCUCGGGGAUGAAGGGACUGAGUCAGCAGAGCUUGCGGGCCGGCACGCCCCUCACGGUCAACACCGGCCAGCCGGGCCAGCAGAUCCAGUUGCUCAACAUUAGUCAGCGGCCACGCGUCGGCGGACAGCUUCCAGUGGUGACGUCCGUCACCACGCCCAUCACCGCCAAGCAGAUUGCGGCCCGCGUGGCCCAGCAGCGGAGCAUGGCCGGCUCGACGCUGAAGAUUGCCACACCCAUCACCGCCACACAUCACGCGCAACAGCUGGGCCAAACGCUGAACGUGACCACCAGCGGCGGUGCCACAAAUCAGCUAGUGAUGACGGCAAAGCAGCUCCAACAGCGUCUUCAACAGCAACACCAACACCACCAGCAGCAACAGCAAUUAAUCGCAGCCGCCAACCAACAACAGCAACAACAGCAACAACAAUCCGCCACCACGCAAAUUCACAUCCAGCAGCAGCAGCAAACCAUUCAGCCGGUCCAGCAUCAGCAACAACAGCAGCAGCAACAGCAAAUCAGCAUCAUCAACAACAGCGUCGUGUCGCCGCUUCCCUUGCCAACGAUAACGCCUCCGCCGGCGCCAGCUCAGGCCCAAGCCCAGGUGGUCACCGCCGCCCAGCAGCACCAGAACGUGAUGAACGCGCUGGCCAGCAAGCACCGGCGGAGAUCGGCAGCGGACAUGAACAAGUAAAUCCUAACAAACUACUUCUUCUACCUUCUACCUUCUUUUCCUGCAAACGUUCUUGGCUAAAUUAGCCGUCGUCGCUGCGCGAGCGUGUGCACGUUCACUCACUAGAAAAGAAAAAAGCGGGAGAAGCUCGCUCUAGCAAUUCAGCAACAACAAACAAACAAAAACACACACACACACAAUGCUCUUUUAGUCACACCCUAGGAUGUAAGAACAAAUUAUGCAAGCAACAAAAAAAAUAUCUUUCCAAUUAUUGGGAUGGGAAGAGAUUACCCAACUACCUACCUACUACAACUACUACUACUAUUAGGCGAUGUUUAUUUAAAUCGGAAAAUAAACAGAGUUUUUGUUUUUUUUAAUUUAAAAGAAAAAAAAUCUGCACGCAGAGUUUAUUUUUUGACACGAUAAAACGAAACGCCGAAAGGUUUGAGAUAUUCCGGUUUGUAUUCAAAGUGGGGUUUGGUGCGAUGUUCGACUUCUGUUUGGUCCAGAUUUGAAAAACUCCUCGUAUUACUUUUUUUUCUAAAAAUCCAAGCUGAACUUUUCUAAGACGACUUCUCAGGAUUUUUUGACUUUGACUCCAGCCCAGCUCUUCAAAAAGACCCGACUUCAACCGGAUUCGUUUGGCACGGUAUGUCCACGCAUCGUUCCUCCCCUGUAGAUUCUGUGGUGGGUUGUUUGGGUGAGACUUUGAAAACUUAAAUUUUCCUGUGCAACCAGAGGUUCUAAACUUUAAAAAAUCGGAAAUGGUCACUCAUGGUUACUAUUAAAAAAAUCAAAAUACUGCAAAUAUUUCGCUGAUAUCAAACUAUCGGUGGUUAUAUCUUGAUAACAGGGCCAAAUAUCAAAAAUUUAGUCAAGUACUUUUCAAUUGCAAAUUCAAUUUACAAUUUACAUAAAAAAAUCAUUUACAUAAAAAAAAUAUGUGUCAAAUUUCGAAAUUUCCUAAAAUCACUGUUUUUUCAAAAGUUCGUAACUCGUCGGCAAAUUUUUUUACCAUAGUUUUCUAUGGCUCAAAAGUUGCGGGUUUUUAUCUCCUAAAACAUAUAAAAAAAUCUCGAAAUUUAAAAAUACAGAUUUUGAGAAAUUGAGUUUUUGUGAAAAAAAACGUUAAUUUAAAAAAUCGGCAAUUUUUUUCCGUGUUCUAUUUUUUUCUCAAUAGUCCUCAUCAAUACCUACAACUUUGCCGAAUACACCAAAUUAAUCCAAAAAAAAAUCGUUGAAAAGUUACAGAUUUUCGAAAACCUACGUAUCAUUUUUUUAGCUGCCAAAACUGUAUGGAGAUUUGUAUGGGUGAACCAAUGACAAAAAAUUGCUUCUUUGGUCAUAGGGAAGCCCUCACAAAGUUUGAGCCAAAUACAAAAAUAUAAUUUGGUCAUAGGGAAGCCCUCACAAAGUUUGAGCCAAAUACAAAAAUAAAAAUGGUCGAAUUCGGCCGAUUUAAAAGAAAUUUGUUCAUAUGACCAUUUGAAAAAGUACUUGACGUGUUUUCAGCAUUUUUUCAUUGUAACAUGCAAACAUACUUUUUUUUAAAGAUGUUCAAUCAUUUUAUAACCGUUAAUUUUUCUUCUUAAUGUCUAUUUAUCACUCCUAACCAAACAAAUAUUUGGAAAUUUGAUGAAAAAAAAAAAUUAAAAAAUCUAAUAAUUUGUAUUUGCUAAUUUUGUAUUCGUCAUGAUAAUAUUAAAAAUCCUAAGUUGUCUCAUAGACCAAAUCUCAAAAAGCAGAAUCUUAAAAAGCCGAAAAUUUAAAGGCUGUAUUAUAUUUUUUUGAAAAAAAAAUAUUUUGUUUUAAUCAUAAAGUUUUUAAUUAAAAAACCAAAAAUUAAAAUAUUUAAUUUUUUUUAAACUUUGAAACUAAAAAACUUAAAAAUUUAUAACAUUGAAAUAAAAAACAUUAAAACUUAAAAACUUAAAAUUUGGAGAUUCAAAAAACUGGAUUUUGUUUUUUGAUCCAUACAUGAAUUUUUUUUUUGAACUUUAAAAAAAACUUUUAAAAAGUCUGAAAAUUCAAAAAAAAUUAAAAUACAAAUUUAAAUGCUUUAAAACUUAAAAACAAGUAUUCUUAAAAAUUAACAACCUAAAAAAUUAAAAAAAAAUUCAUUGCUUUUUUAUUAGAUUCCUUUAGGUGCUGCUAUCAGGUUAGGACCGAGGAUCAUAAAAAGUAAAUUAAAUUUCAAAACAUAACAAAUUAAAAAGUUGCAACUUAAAAAUUUCAAAUACUAAAAAUUUACAAUUGUAUUUUUAAAAUUUAAACAAGAAAUAAAAAAAAGUAUAAAAUUUUGAAAUGGUAAAAAAUGUAGAGAUUUUAAAACUAUAUUUUAACUUUUUUUAUGAAAAAUACGUUUUUUCGGAAUUUAGAGUCGGGCGUCCAAUUUUACACAAAAGUCCCUUUGACACCAAAUUUCUAUCUCUUCACGGUUCGAGCUACAAAUCACAAAAAAAACGUGUCUUGGUAAAAAUCCAGAAAAAUGAAAGGGGUCGUACCGGCCCUCCGUCACGAGAUAUCGAAAAAUGGAGCUCGGAUUCCUGACCAUGUUUCCCAACAUUGUAUCUGUUUAAAGAAGGAAAAUUCCAAAUAGAAGUUAUUUAAAUUGUUAACAAUUUACCCAGAUGUUUUAAAUCGACGAUAUCAUUGAAACUGUUGAUCCGUUUUCAAUGUUCAAAAAUUUAAUUAACGAGAAAUCUGCUUAUCUCAUCGUAAAAAAAAAUCAGAAUUUUCACAGAAUACCACGAAUAACGCUGUAUCGCCAGAUUUCGAGUCUGUUAAAAAUGAUACAUUUUCAUAACUUCGCUGCCGGCCAGCGUAAUAAUACAGUUCAAAAUUAUAUUUGAAAAGGGCUUUUACGUUUUUUUUAAAUAAAUACUUAAAUGAAAUGAAAGCUCGAACUUCGCACCAAAAUUUACAAGAUUAUAUUUUUUGGUCAAGAAUACAAUAAAUAAUUUCCUACAAAAAUGAGGUUUGUGAACACAAUAAAAAAGAAAUAAGGCAGCGCAUGUGAUAUGAACGAAAUUUGGUCUAUUGGUCAGAAAAGGAGAAGGAAACUAGUGCGUGCUGAAGAACAACAAAAAAAAAGAAGGAAUUUACGCUCGACUCAAGAGCUCCUAGUUGAUAUUAGAGCAGAGAGGCAAAAGGGGAAUGCAGCGGGUGGUGAAAAGCAAACAAACAAACAACACAAACAAAAAACUAGGUAUAUUAUAUUUAAUUAGUUUUGUAACUGUGAGAUGCAGAUGAAGCAAGAUUCGAAGCCGCGUUCUCUAUAUAGAUUUGUGUUGUGCAGCGUCAAAGAGAUAGUCAUUAGAGUCGGAAAUAAAGCAGAAAAAAAAACAAAGCUCUUUAGUGUGUACAACAGCAGAAGCAAGAGAAAAAAAUAAGUAAACGAUUUGUUAAUGGUUUUUAAAAAGUUAGUGGAAAAAAAUUACAAGAAAAAAGCACUUCGCUGGGUGUGUUGCCCAAAUGCUUCGUUACUAAGUAACGAUAGUUUGUGGUUAAAAGAUGAAGCGAACUAAAAGAAAGAGCUCCUACAUUAAAUUCUUCAGAGAUUCGAUGUACCUAGUAAAACAAACUCACAAACACUGAACUAAGUAAUAGCCUGCAAGCAAACCGUGCGAGAAACGCUUUCCGAAGAUUACAAAUUGUUUCGUUUGCCGCGCGCUAACAUAAACAGGAAAGAACUUAAAACUCAAACCGAUUGACUCGUUUUGUACAUAUAAUUUAAAAUUUAAUAAAAAGCAAAAAGCUGAGAAACAAAACCGAAAACAACGAGCACCUCUAUUAAAUUAUUAUUUGUUUAAUUUACACACAUUCAAGUAACAAACAAACAAAAAAACAAGCAGAACAGCAAACAGAUACCGGAACCGGAAAAAAGUUCAAACGCAAACGUUUAUGUUCUGAUUCGAAACCAAAUCGUGUGUCAGCAGCAGCAGCAGCAGCAGCUUCUUCCUGUCGCGUCUUUCGUUUUCUGUGUAAAUAGUCGUCAUUUAAUCUCGGAAUAUUGUUUAGUUUGUACUAGGAAAGGUGUUCAAUCGAGAAGGAGAGCGAAAGAGAAAGGAAAACCGAAAGGAAA